AUGGACCCUCCCAAACUGGACGCUGGUUUUGGAUUUUCCAAUUCCGCGUCCACGACAGUGAAUGAAGAUUACGAGUUCGCACCGUCUGAAAUGUCAAACGUGGACUGGAAACCGGAAUCCACCGGAUGGUCGACCUUCAAGACAACAGAAGCACCACCGGCACAUCUGACCUCCGCACAGUAUAGUCCAACUCUCAAUGAAGCCGCUGCAAAGCUUCUAGAUGUCCGAUUGCUGACACAGGAUGACGUAACGUUCUUCAGGCACAAUAUGGAUUUGUCCCGUGAGGCGAUCAAGUACGCCAAAGGUGUGGCCCGAUUGAUUAUGAAAAAAGCCGAAUUAUUGGAAACGCAACUCAGCUUCCCGACAAAUGGAAUUUAUUUGAAUCCAGUGAAUCUCUCUUGA